UGGAGCAGAUGUCAAACCAAAAUUUUCAACAACACUUUGAAUAUUUAUUUUAAAAGAGGCAGUGCAAUUUUUAUUUUUUAUCAAUUGUAUUCAUUUUAUUGUAUUUAUAAUGGACCUCUAGCUAAACUUGCCUAACCUCUUCAAUUUGAAUUCCUUGGCACAGCUGUCACACUUCACUUAUCAUUCACAAAACAUUGUUUGGCAGCUGUUGGGCAGUCAGAUAAAUUAGGAAUCGACACACACAUUAUUUUCAUGCGAGUGCAGAAGUUUUAAAAAUUUUGUAUAUUUUAGAAGCUUUGGGUAUAACAAAAUUCACGUGAAUGUUGAAGACCAUCCAGAUCGGCACCGCCCGGGGUCAUCCGGUGCGCUGCCUGGCGUCCUACGGCUCAAGAUUUACCCAUCUGACCAAACCGAAGUCGCAGCGUGUCGAGAACUAUUAUAACGUUCUCAAUGUGCCAGUGGGUUCCAGCGACCAGGAGAUCAAGCGUGCCUUCAUUGACCUCUCGAAGAAAUACCAUCCGGAUGUCAACAGAGAUACCCGGGACUCAGAGGUGUUUGUGAAGAUCUGUGAGGCUUAUCAGACACUCCAUCGCCACCAGUCGCGGCAGCUGUACGACUCCCGUCUCCGGAUGCAAAAUCACUCAGCCGUUCCGCCGGAUACAGCAUUCACCGGGCGCCAUGUGUCUACAGUUUGGUCCCAGUACCAGUCCGCAAUGCGCAACAAACAAUUGGGCCGGAAUGUCGUGAAGCCGUUCAUCUUCAAGACAAAGGUGCAAAGGGGCAAGUGGUUGCCCAUGCGAGUCCGGACCGCCGAGGAUCCUUCCGGUUCUGGUGAGGAGAAGGCGAAGGGGGAGGGUAAGGAUCAAGGGACCAAAUGGCAGUAUUUCAAUAACAAUUAUACCAAUAACCCCACCCUCUGCGUCUAUAUCACCGGACUGUGCGCGGUGAGCGGCCUUGUACUCUUGGAUGCAAUCAGUCGAUUCCGUGACAAGUCAUCGCCAGUGGAUACCAGCAAUGCCAGUGGUUCCUUGUGAGGAUGUGACGAUAUCCAUGGCGGCUUCCCGGUGUGCCGCUGUUCGACGGGGGGCGGGGGGAUGGUGACGCUAUCGUGGACAUUAUCAAAAAACAACGACCACCCACCAGCCCGCGCCGUCGAAUUGCCGGCACCUCAUCCAUAUGCAUAGGACAUUGUCUUUGUUGUUGUACGCCCUGGUAUCGUUGGAACAAAAAUAUAUAAAUCUGCUCGUUAA